AUGGCCCUUACAGAAUACCCUACCCUCUCGUAUUUGGAGCAUUCACGGUCACCCACACCAUCAAUUUUGCUUACCACAUACCUUUCUAUUUCCGUCCUUCUGGGUGCGGCCCAGACACGAACAUUAUGGCUCGCAUCUACUACGCGCAUCGAAAGGGAAUUAACGGAAGCAUUCACCGCUGCAUUAGCGAAAUCAAGAUGGGUUCGCUGGGACGUAAAGCAACACAGCCCCGAGGAGACCCGCCGCUUGUUUAACCUUGGUGCAGUCCUGUGGCUAAAUCGACUGUUUCUUACAGCCUAUCGGAAGACAUUGACAUUGGACAACCUGUACCCGCUUGACCUGCGAAUGGUUUCGGAGCCACUGCAAGCAAGCUUAUGGCGCCACGCUACACACAUGUCAAGGCUGAGACAGAAAUAUGGGCUUGCGAUAGCUCUUGGAAGGUCUAUGCCAAUACCGCUUCUGCUUCCACCGUUCCUUGUCAGCUUGUUGCUAGACUACCUGCAAGAUGUCCAAGAUGUUUCUUCGAGAAACAUUGGGUAUGGUCUCAUCGCUGCAACCAUUCUAGUAUAUGUUGGUUUAGCAUUCUCUGGCGGGCUCUAUUGGUAUUUACAAGAACGAAAGGCUGUGGAGGAAAAGCUGUCAGCUACCACUCACUCGGGUGCCCUAACUUUGAUGAGUGCCGACAUCAAACGCGUCAUUUUCGGAGACAUAAAUCUGCACGAAGUCUGGGCCAACAUAGUACAAUUGGGAUUGGUUUGCUGCCUCCUUUUCCGAGAGCUGGGUCCAGCCGCCGUUGCGCCCUGGUUUAUGCGGGUUAACAAGCUCAAGACCGCCUCUAAAUCUCGGUCCGUCAUCAUAUCUGCUGCCAUUAUCGUAAAUUUGUUACUGUGUAUCUUACCCAUGGUAACGUUCAUCUUUGCGUCUCGUAGGCUGGAUAUUACUGCAAUUUUCACUGUCAUUUCAUGCAUAUUGUUCCUGGAGGCACCCUUGAGCAUGCCGCUGCAGAUGAUGCUCGCAAUCAUCACUUCAUCCAUGUGCUUAGAACGGAUCCAGAACUUUUUGUAUACUGAGUCGCGAGUGGAUUUCAGGGUUUUGUCGUUGGAUCCCUUUGGAGAUGUAUCGGAGAACAAUCCCUCCGACAACAGCAACAGUGCACAUACAACUGGCCUAGCGACGACAAUCUCCGAUGGCGGGUUCGGAUGGGAGAUUGGCAAGGCUAGCUUAUCACGCAUCGACCUUCAGAUCCCUAUGGCGUAG